GGUCAACUGGUUAUACACAAUAUAUGUAGUUUGUACACCACACUGUAAUGGAUCUCUAAAUUAGCGGGAAAAAAAAACCGCUCCCAGAUUGCCAAAUGCCAAACGUUACCGAACUUUCGGACAAAACUCUCCAAAAAAGAGAAAAACAACGUAAAACAGACUAACCAAAAACAGAACAAAAUGAAAUGGAAAGCAGCUGACUUUAUUGAUGCUGCCGUCCUCCGGGGCAAGACUCAGUCUUGACUUCCUUCCUUCCUUCCUUUUCUUUUCCCUUCCCCGCGUCAUUCAAUCAAUUCAUUUGAUUUUGUAUUCAAUUCAAAUUCAGGGAAGCAAAGAGGACCCAGUUAUUUUACCAGAAUUUCUUAGUUGAUCUCCACUUCUUCCAUCUUCAACAACUCAAUUUUGAAUGUGAAAACAUAUAUUCUUUUCUCUUCAACAACUUCACCUUCUCUCUCUGUAUCUCUUUCUUGUAGUAUUCUUUUCUUGUUUACCUCAACCAAACGACUCAUUCAAAAUCUAGUUGUAAAAAUUAAAAAAAAGAAAAAGAAAAUAACAAUAAAUUUCCUCAACUUCCCCCAUCUCCCAAUUCCAUCAAUCAAUCCAACAAAGCAAGAAACGAAUAACAAAGGAAAUCCCUUUCUCUUUUUGGGGAGGGUUUUUCAUGUAUCCCUCCUCUAAAAACAUCAAUUUCCAUUCGCCAUGAAAAUCCCUUUUCCCCCAAUUUGUCUAUUUUUCCUCUUUUGGUUUCCUUCUUUGUCCCUCUCUCAAUCACUCAGAGGUUAUUUGCUUGAUUGUGGUGCAACAAUCCCAUCAGUGAUCAAUGGUCUUGGAUGGAAUCCAGACCAGGAUUACGUUUCUGGAGGCACACCAAAGGUUCUUUUAACUCAGUUUCAAAACCCAACUCUGUCAACUGUUCGUACAUUUCCCCUUGAAAACAAUCUUUUCAAGAAAUUCUGCUAUGUAAUUCCUGCUUUCAGAACAGGGAGAUACUUGAUCAGGACAACUUAUUUUUAUGGUGGAGUAAAUGGGAACAAUAACCCUCCAGUGUUUGAUCAAAUGGUUGAUGGGACUUUCUGGAGUAUUGUGAAUACAACUGCGGAUUAUUCUAAUGGGAAUGCUUCAUAUUAUGAGGGAAUUUUCGCAGCUGCUGGGAAGAGUAUUAGUGUGUGUUUGGCUGCUAAUACUUAUACUGAUUCAGACCCUUUUAUAUCUGCAUUAGAGGUUAUACUCCUGGCAAAUUCAUUGUACAAUGCCACUGAUUUUGGGACUAACGCUCUAAAAUUAGUUGCAAGGCACAGUUUUGGAUACCAAGGACCUAUCAUAAGAUAUCCUGAUGAUGAAUUUGACCGAUGUUGGCUCCCUCUUGGAGAAGAUAAUUCUACUACAACCUCUACUAGAAAUGUCGAUGUAUCUGGUUUCUGGAAUCUUCCCCCACUUCAAGUAUUUCAAACUGAUUUGGAGAUCAGUCAACCAGAACCUAUGGUGUUACUAUGGCCUCCGGUAUCUCUUCCAAAAUCAUUGUAUUACCUUGCUCUUUACUUCGCAGACAAUCCGAAUUCUACAGGGGGGCCCAGAGUGUUUGAUAUCACUGUAAAUGGUGUUGCCUAUUACUCGAAUCUUACUGUGGAUCAAGCAGGUGUUGCUGUAUUCACAAACCAGUGGCCUCUUGCUGGUGUAACAAACAUAACGUUAACCCCAGUAGCUGGCUCUACUCUUGGUCCUUUAAUCAAUGCAGGAGAGGCUUUUGAAAUUCUGAAGCUUAAUGGAACAACUCUUACAAGAGAUGUGAUUUCCAUCGAAAAAGUUAAGGCAAGUUUCCAGAACCCUCCAGUUGAUUGGAAUGGAGAUCCAUGUUUACCUCGUCAGUACUCUUGGACAGGAGUUACAUGUUCAGAAGGGCCACGACCACGCAUCAUUACCUUAAACCUUACCAGCAUGGGACUUUCGGGAUCUAUUUCACCAGGCAUAGCCAAUUUAACUGCAUUGUCCGCCAUAUGGCUUGGAAACAACAGUUUGACAGGAUCUAUAGCCGAUCUUUCUUCACUGAAGCGAUUGAAUACUUUGUGAGUCACAUUAUGUGCAGUUACUUUCCUUGUAUUCUUCAGGACUAGUUCAAACACUGACAAACAUAUAAGGAAGCGCAUUAUUUGUCUAAGACAAAAGUGAAAAUUUUUAGGAUAUUUAGUAACACUUGGAAUCUUGAAGUUUUUGUCUAAUCAGCAACGUGGAACCUCUGUUUACAAUUUAAUUGCUCGAAGAUUUUUAUUGCUUUGUCUCUCUACUACCUCUGAUAGAUGCAGUAUAUCUCUUUACAGGCAUUUGGAAGACAAUAAGCUCGGUGGCGAGAUUUCCCCAUCCCUUGGAAACCUUGCCAAUUUGCGUGAAAUGUGAGUUCUAUACUCCUUACCUCAAUUUGCACAGUUUAUCUGAUUACUUUCAGUCAUUCACUUCUGUGAUUUUAUUGUGUAUUCCGCAUGUGUUGAAGUGCAUACAGUUAUACGCAUAUAAAAUUCUUUUGUUAUCUGUUGGACUGGGUUAAUGUAGUUGAUUAGCAAUUGCUAUUACUUGUGUGGAAGUCUGUGUCAGACAAUGUAAUUAAGUGUCACUUUGGUGCCUGGCUAAUGUUGACAAGGUCAGGAUAACUUGAAGAUGCUUCUCAAAAUGUAACCAAACUCGUCGUAGCCCAAUUGUGAUUUCAUCUUUUGAUGUUAAGAAUUUCUGAAGCUUAGGUUCCAAGGAAAUUGAUCUUUUUUAUCCCCAGUAGUAUUUCAUGAAACAUAACCAUUUAGUUGGCUCUGGUUUUUAUGAGGUUGUAAUGUGGAAGUUGGACCCUAGAUUGACGUGUUACUGUUUAUUUGGGUAUUGAUUAUGUUACCGCUUAAACUAGUAAUAUAAAGUAGAGGGGUCUUAUCUGAAUGUAAUUGUUCGUCGUGUUAAAUGUUAACCUUCUAUAUUCAUCUUGUUCAAACCACGAAUUAGAUAAAAUUUUCAAGCGGGGCAUGUCAGCAAGGGGACAGAAUAUAUGACCCCGAUUAGGGGUGCAAUUGGGGAUUGCUUGAUCCCAAUUGAUCUCAUCUGCCAUGUUAAUUGAAUUUGAUGAGGACAUCAAGUUGUCUAGACAAUAUAGUUACUGAUCCGUCUGACAUAUUCAUCUGUUUUUGCUAACUUCUGCCUUAUUCCAUGUAUCAGCUUCUUGCAAAACAACAAUCUGACCGGAACUGUACCAAGCAAUCUUGUUGGGAAACCUGGAGUGGACCUUAGGUAUGAUUGGCCUCUAUGUUUCAUAUCAUAAUAUAUGGGAGUCCUGAUAAGCAUGUUCAAUCAAUUUAUCACAUUUGUUUUACUGCUUUAUCAGGUAUUCUGGGAAUCCAUUUUUGUCGCCACCGGCUUCAUAAACCCAAGCAAAUACAUCUACUAACUGUUUAUACAGAUUUUGACUCACCAUACUGGAGAAUUGGGGGUAAGAAUGGCCAUCAUUCGACCACCUCCACUUACCAUUCCCCCACAUCAAGAACCAAUAUUUGUUCAUUCAAAUGAUUGUACAUGUUGCUGUCAUUCAUUUUUCUCUUGUGACACCAAUUAAUUAAUGUCCAUUCGUAUUAAAAGGAGAUGAAAACUGCACAUCAGGAAUGGAAAAUUUUUUGAGUGACCACUGUUUUAAAGCUAUUGUUAAUAGUGAUUCUGCCGAUUUUCAACUGUACAAAUUUACUUUUAUUGUCAUGAAGUUAGAAAAUUUUCGACUUUCUGGAAUGUGAUGGUUUUGAUUUUUUUUCCGGCCAUAA